UAAAUAAAAAAGAAAAUGUUUCUAUUUAUAGGCCGAACUAAAGAUAAAUAUAAGAUAGUUUGUAAUUAUUUGGACAGUAUAUAUCAACGUAUUGGGAGGGAAAAGUUUGCAAAAUAUAUUCUAAAUUCAUACGCCUUCUGGUCAUUAGGAAUGGUUUGUUAGCAAAAUUUGAAAAGUUUCUAUUAAAUUUCUCAUUUUUUGCUCUCUUCUAUCCUUUGUCUUAAGGAUGAAACAGAGAGAAAAAACUUUAAAUUGACAGCUUUCUAUUCCGGUAGGUUUUCCUCCUUUUUGUCCGAGAUAUUGAACAUUUUUUACAUCGUUUACAUUGGACAGAAAAAUUUCUAUAUUUAUGCUUUAACCUUCUGUUAAAACUGUUAUUUACAGGAUACACUUAUCACGGAGCGGCAUUAGGCCUAAAUACGCUUUCAAAUAUUUUACUAAGGAAACACACAAGCAGUAAUAGAACAAUAAGCAUACGUAACUUCCCUCUUCCGGUCCGUCUUGAUAAUGGACCAAUAAAUUAUCAUUUGGGAUUGCGUAAUACAGUUAUGGCUUUUGGAACAUCUUUCUUUUUAAGCAUCGAAAGCCUAAUAUUUUCAAUUAUGUUUUUAAAAGCUAAAUUGUGCCAAAAGUUUAUAAUGAGACAAUUUAGGGGCGAAGAUAUGCUGUAUCAGUUUCUUUCUUCGUGGCUGAUCGAUUCUAUAAUUAUUUUUAUAACAGCAAUUUUAACAAAUGUUUCUGGAACAGUAUGAUAUUAUUACUGUCUUACUGUAUUAGUAAUUAGUCGAAAACUAUCAAAAUAUUACUUUAACAGAUAAUAACCGACGGACUAUCAGCUAUAAAAGGCGAGGAAGUCGUCCUCACAAUCCUUUAUUCAAUAGCUUGUCCACCAUCCAAUUAUUUCCUGGGUACAACUCUACAAUCGAUUACAGCAUGUAUUCAACUAUGGUGUAUUCUAACUGCCGCUCCCUUAAUAUUCUUAGUGAUAAACUUAUAUCCAGAUAUUCCUGGACUAGCGAUAAUCAAUUAUUUUAACCCCCAUAUUAACUAUAUGUAUGGUCUAUGGUUAAGCUCUAUAAACAAGGUCAAUCAUAUUUUCAAUUGAUAACAAGCGUACAUAAUAAUAAAAUUUACUGUUAGGUUCAGUUGUGUUCAACAGUUGACUGUUCCAAGUCGAAUGUAAACUCCUUGUGUUGUAAGAUAUGCUAUGGGUAUAGGUGCUUUAUCAUUACCAAUAAUCCAUAUAGUUUUAAUGAACCGGGCAUUGGAAAAGUUCUGAUAGGCUUAAUGUUACAUGCAAUAUUUGUUUUUUCUUUUGUGAUAUUCCUUGAGAAACAACGACCCAAUUUUGAAGUGAUCUUAUAUCCUUACUUAUCGAGUGAAAUGAAUAUUUUGGACACAGAAAUAGGAGAGAAACAAGAAAAAGAACGUAUUAUACUGGCUGAAAGACCCGAAAGUUUAGGUAUAAUCGUCUUUGAUGGCGUCUAUAAACGAACGAUGAGAAAAGAUUUUGUUCUAAAGGACACAGCUGAUGUUGAUAACGCUUACCUAGUUGUUAAUGAAGGCGAAUUUAUAUCAAUAAUAGGAGACGAGAAUGUGAGCUUAAACCAAAUGAUUUAUCUUGCCUGUGGAUUAGAAAUACCAACUUCCGGAAGAGUAUUUAUUAAUGGGUUUAAUACCAGAUUAAAUCGUGAAGAAAUUUGCAAAGUUUGCGGUGUUGCCUUAUCUAAUCCCCAGUACCUUCCACAAUUUCUGACAGUUCGAGAAUUAUUGGUUAUCUAUUCAAGGUUUCGUAAUAUAAAGAAUGAUAAGCUAAAUGAGCACGUUUGUAAUAUAAUAGAUAUGUUCUCAUUACGAGAUAUUGAGCAUUUUAAAAUUGGUGAAUUAGUAGACAGUAAUCUACAAAUGGUAAACCUAGCUGCUGCUUCAGUUGGACAUCCACCCAUUAUUGUUUUGCAGGAAUGCCAUUUAGAAUUUUCUAUUAGCAAAUAGACUUUACCUAUCAUGUACCUAAUCUAAAAUUGCCCAAUUAACUUCUAAACGGCAUUACAGAAUCCAUUUUCCUCUUUAACCUACCAAUUAAAAGAUUUAGCCAUAAAUGCACUACUGGAUUUAUUAAAAAUGAAUUGUACGAUUGUCAGCAGUUUUCCUAGCUUAUGUGACGUUGAUGACAGGCUAGAAAGUCGUAUAGUUGUACUAAUAAAGAAUAGAAUAAUGGGUGUGGGUACUAAACAACAUUUAAUUGACAAAUUCGCUCCAGGAUAUCACGUUCGAUUUCAAAUCAAAUCGUUCGAAAAUCCAUCAAAAGCAAGAUCUUAUAAAGAGAGAAUUGAUCGUUUAACGAGAUAUUACUUCCCAGAUUGUGAAUUAAUUUAUGCCUCAGAAAAUGGAAUAGGCUUACUGACUUAUAAUCUAAAUAUUAAUUAUUUUAGUCUAUCUAUAGUUUUCUCUCGCCUUGAAAAAUUACGCAAUCGAUUACCCCCCUCCUCAGUAGUUGACUUUCAAGUGAGUGAUGGUAAUUUAGAGGACGUUCUUCAAAGAUUUAUUACAGUAUUUCACCAAUCCCUAACUUAAAGAUUUUCUGUAUAUA